UCGACAAUGUUUCAAAUAUUUGUUGAACAAUCAAAGUAUGCAACACAUUUAUAAUAAAAUAUUUACAAUUUUCUGAGCUGAAAGUCAGACAUAAUGACUAAUACAACCACAUAUUUAUUGUAUUCUUACAUUAGCUUAGUUUUAUGGCAAUUGAUGAGCAACGUAUUUUGCGAAACGCUCAAUGAAUGCAUCAAUUGCACUUUAUAUAAUGGAGGCUGUCAAAUGGUUAAGACUGGUUGGAGUGUCUUUAAAAUGUCUCGUUACGAUCAAUUUUCGGUUGUUAAGAUACCCGAAUUUCCUGGCCAAUCCGAAGUAGAGUAUGUAUAUGAUGAAAAUCUGGCCAACUGCGUCUCCGAUGGCUAUACAAUUACUGAUUAGAGACAUUUGUUUGCUUUUGGUCCCCUUUGUUGGGUUGUCAGGCUGUGGCGAGUAAAAAUGUUGUGAACAAGAGACUUAUGCAUCGCAUCGCCUGCAAGAUUUGUGCCAGAUAUUGUAAUUGCAGUGUUCGCAGUGGAGCCUCGGAUGGAAUUAAUACAAGUUGGAUUCUAGGAUCGACUUGGGUGUGUUUAUUAUAUUGCAAGGGCACUCAAUACUUAAAUUAUUAAAAGACGACUAUGAGCUGUGGAGAAUAAGAAAACUACAGUCGAGAUAGUCACUACACAAUUUCAAUAAAAACAAAACAAUACGAACGCUACUAUCCUUGAAAAUACACUAUGUCGAUAUACUACUACUUUCAAAACAUACCAAAGAGAAUAAAAUAUUUGAGACUGUAAACCAAAGUAAUUGAA